GAGACAUUUGCCGGGAUUAGAGGGUGUACGUGUCAAUUUGCUAUAACUCUAAAUAUAACUAUUUAUGGUAUAUUGCAUAUCGGUGGAUAAAUAAUUGUCUGGUGCUGUGAACGGAUUAUUUGGAAACUGUUGCUGUGACCUGAACACACAUACUGCUCCUUGAUAAUCAUGGAGGAAAAAGAGCAGAAGAAACACAGAAAGAAAAACAGUGGGCCAAAAGCGAACAGGAAACUAAACAAACAGAAGGAUGGUGGAGCUGGCACAGAAGAAGAUGCAAGGAAAAGAAAUCCUAAAGCAUUUGCAGUGCAAUCUGCAGUGCGAAUGGCAAGGAACUUCCACAGGACGCAGGAUCUAAAGACCAAGAAACAUCACAUCCCAGUGGUAGAUCGCACUCCCUUGGAGCCACCUCCUGUAGUAGUAGUUGUUGUGGGACCACCUAAGGUUGGAAAAAGCACCCUUAUUCGCUGCCUGAUUAAAAAUUUCACUAAGCAGAAACUAAGUGAGAUUCGGGGUCCUGUGACUAUUGUAUCAGGAAAAAAACGCCGUUUGACCAUAAUAGAAUGUGGCAGUGACAUUAACACCAUGAUAGACUUAGCAAAGGUUGCAGAUUUGGUGCUGAUGCUGAUUGACGCAAGUUUUGGGUUUGAGAUGGAAACUUUCGAGUUUCUGAACAUCUGUCAGGUGCACGGCUUCCCUAAGAUAAUGGGCGUCCUCACUCACCUGGACUCCUUCAAGAACAACAAGCAGUUGCGCAAAGUCAAGAAGAAGCUGAAGCAUCGAUUUUGGACUGAGGUUUACCAGGGAGCCAAACUUUUCUACUUGUCUGGAAUGGUCUAUGCAGAGUAUCAGAAACAAGAGAUACGGAAUUUGGGAAGGUUUAUCUCUGUUAUGAAGUUCCGACCCCUAGUCUGGCAGACGUCUCAUCCCUAUGUCCUGGCAGACAGAAUGGAAGACCUGACAAAUCCAGAAACUAUCCGACUGGAUCCUAAGUGUGAUCGGAAGGUGUCUUUAUAUGGGUAUCUGCGAGGCGCUUACCUGAAAAAUAAGAGCGAGGUUCACAUAGCAGGUGUGGGGGAUUUUGCCCUGAGUGAAGUCAGCUUUCUGUCUGACCCUUGCCCCCUACCUGACCAUCAGAAGAAGCGAUCCCUGAACGAAAAGGAGAAGACGAUUUAUGCCCCACUCUCGGGUGUAGGUGGAGUGGUAUAUGAUAAAGAUGCCGUUUACAUUGAUCUAGCGCCCCAUCAAGUCCAGCAGGAGCAGCAGAGAGCCAAGAAACCCUCUCAUGAGCUCGUACAAAGCCUCAUUUCUACCAAUGUCACCAUUGAUUCAAAGAUGUCUUCCAGCAAAAUGUCAUUGUUUACAGACUCCAAACCUUUGGGCAUCUCAGAUGUGGAAAAGAAAGACUUUGUAAUGCCUACAGAGGAAAAGGUCAUUGACCCUAAGACUGGAAGAGUGAGACGCAAGGCGGUCUUCAACCAAGAUCAGGGAAUUGAUGGUGAGUCUGGAGAGGAUGAUGACAGUGAUGAUGAAACUGAUGAUGAUGUUGAGGAUGCAGAAGAAGAGGAUGAUGAUGAUGACGAGGAUGAUAAUGAAAAUGACUCAGAAGAGGAGCUUAGACAAAAUAGCAAAGAAAGUGAAGAGCAACAUCUAGCCCCAAAGGCUUCUAAGCGACCAAAGAUAGAGGAGACCAAAUCUGCUUCAAAACCGGAGUUGCCAGCUUUUGCAGACAGUGAUGAUGACUUGGAACAUGAGGAUGAUGAAGCAAAGGAUGUUAUUGAUGAGGAAGCUGCUGAUGAUGAUGAUGAGGAAGCUGAUGAGGAGGAGACAUCCGACAGUGAUGAGGAGGCAGAUUUGAAACCAGAGCCAUCAGCACCAAGGCAAGUCACUGGUAGGAAAACAACUCCAGCCCUUGACUCCGGGAACUGUACAGGGGAGGAUGGGACUUCAUCUGAUUCUGCAGAAGAUAUGGACGAAAACGGGGAAGAUUCUGCUGAUAAGCAGAAGGCUGAGGAUCAGGGAGAUGGGGAUACAACCGAAGAGGAGGAUGGAGAUGAGGAAGAUUUGCUGAAGGAAGAUGAGGAUUUUGAUGAAGGUGAUGACCUCUCUGCUGACACAGUGGGUGCCUUGAAAUGGAAAGAGGACCUGAAAAAGAAGGCAGCAGAGACCUUUUUCCGACAACAGUCUACCCCUAACCUCCGUAAGCUGGUAUAUGGCACAGUGGCUGAAGAGGAGGAAGAUAAAUCUGAAGAAGCGUCAGAAGAACUUGGUGGUUUGUUUCAUGUGAACCUUCCAGACAAGGAGUCCAAAAGGGCAGCUAAUGCAUUGGAUUGCUCCAAAUUUGUAGCUGAAAAUCCCCAGGACUGGGAUGUGGAAGAGGUGAUGAGCUGCAUUCGUGAUUGCUUUGUCACUGGAAAUUGGGAAGCGGACAAGGAUGCAGAGAAACUUCUGCAGGAAGAUGAGGAGGUUUAUGGGGAUUUUGAAGAUUUGGAAACGGGAAAGGUUCACAAAGGAAAACCUGAAUCCCAGGAGGAGGAGAUGGAGAGUGAAGGUGAGGAAGAACAAACCGUUGUCAAAACAGAGGAAGAUCAAAAGAAGAAGCGUCUGGAGAAGAAGCGGAAACUAAAGGAGAGAUUUGACUUACAAUAUGAUGACGGGGAGACUGAUGCUACGUAUUUUGAUGACUUGAAGGAAGAGAUGCAAAAGCAGGCUGAGCUGAACCGAGCUGAGUUUGAAGACCAAGAGGAUGAUGUCCGUGUGCAGUUUGAAGGUUUCCGGCCUGGCAUGUACCUCCGCAUUGAGAUUGAAAGUGUCCCAUGCGAGUUUGUGGUGAACUUUGACCCACAUUAUCCUAUGAUUCUCGGAGGACUUGGCAAUGGAGAGGGGAAUGUUGGAUACAUCCAGAUGCGUCUGAAGAAGCAUCGCUGGCACAAGAGGAUACUGAAGACUAGAGAUCCUUUGAUUUUCUCCCUGGGCUGGAGACGUUUCCAAACCAUCCCCCUGUAUUACAUUGAGGACCACAAUGGGCGACACAGGCUCCUAAAGUACACCCCGGAGCACAUGCACUGUGGCGCUACCAUAUGGGGUCCCAUAACCCCUCAAGGAACCGGCUUCUUGGCAGUCCAGUCUGUCAGCACUACUACUGCUGACUUCAGAAUAGCUGCAACUGGUGUUGUGCUAGACCUGGACAAAUCCAUCACUGUGGUAAAGAAGUUAAAGCUGAUUGGAUAUCCUUGUAAGAUCUACAAGAACACAGCCUUUAUCAAGGGGAUGUUCAACUCAGCACUUGAAGUGGCCAAGUUUGAAGGAGCCUCUGUGCGCACAGUGAGUGGAAUUCGGGGGCAGAUUAAGAAGGCCCUGCGAACACCAGUAGGGGCGUUUAGGGGCACCUUUGAAGACAAGCUGCUAAUGAGUGAUAUAGUUUUCAUGCGCACCUGGUUCCCAGUCACUGUGCCCACUUUCUAUAACCCAGUCACCUCCCUAUUAAAGCCAGUGGGGCAGAAAGAUAGCUGGACUGGCUUGAAAACUGUAGGCCAGCUGCGACAUGACCUGGGGAUCCGAAACAAGCCGCAGAAGGAUUCUCUGUACAAGCCAAUCGUAAGACAAGUGAGACAUUUCAACCCACUCCACGUCCCCAAAGAUCUGCAGAAAGCCUUGCCAUUUAAGAGCAAGCAAAAAGUAAUGGAAAAGAAGGGCAAAUUGUCCCGGGACAAAAUUCGUCCGGCUGUGAUCCGUGAGCCUCACGAAAAAAAGAUAUCUGCACUUUUGGUUGCCCUGGGUACAGUGAACAACUACAAAAAAACCAAGGCCAAGAUGGCGCACAAGCAGCAGCACAGCGCCUUCCUACAGGAAAAGCAGAAAGAAGAGAUGGAAAAGAUAAAGAGACAGAAAGAUGCCAGGAAGAAGCUUUUCCGGGCAAUUGGACAGAAGGAGAAGAAAAGACAAAAGUCAAGUUUAAAAGGCAGAGAGGAACAAUGAUUACGUUUCUGUUAAUGGACGGACAUCAGGCUGAUUUUAAAGAUUGCGCUGUGCUGCAAAGCCGACACGGUCUAAAAACCAGUGCACACACUUUCUACUCAACCCUCCUUUUUAUUGCAGAAGUCCGAAGAUUUGUAACAAACCAAGACACAGACUUUAGUUUUAAUUCCAAUCACCAAUGAAUUUAAAUAAUCUAAUGGCUAGAAACGACUAUUAUAAACUGUUAUACUACAUCUAAAGAGAAACGCCCAUUGCCCUGUAAUACCGUUAAUGUUUGUUUUUGUACUGUUUGACAUAUUUGUAGUUAGGGACUUUUUUUUUUUAUACAGUUUUUUUUUUUCUUACUCAGGUAAGUUAACAUGAACUGAUGGAUAAUGUGAGAUCUUUUACAGCUCUUGGCUUUUGCAGUGGGAAAUACAUUUUUUGUACAGUCUGUAAUGUAUAGAAAAAAGUCUUUUAAGUGUUUUAUUAAAAAGGGGUAUAGUAUUACUGCGCGAAUGUUCAGCAAUAAUCGUCGUUAUCGUGUUGCUCCAGUAUCGCAGCAUCAGAAACUGUACCGACUUCUCUCAUGCAGGCGCAGGUUAGCAGAGCUGAUCACGUUUAGCACCAAUAACUGUACAAAUGCAGACGGUCAAUUAAAAUGUCUAGAAUACUUCAAUCACAAGGUCCAAACCAGCAUUACAGGCAUUUACAGAUUGUGUGGACUCUGUAAAACAAGUUAAGACCCCUUUUUAAUUCAGCUGCUGGAUUUGUAGAGUUAUCAAAAUUCGGUGUAUGAACUCUAUCAAAAUGCCUAAAAAAUAACUUUUUAGAUUUUUUUUUUAUUUUUAAUUAAAAAAUAAACAAUUAAUGGGACAUUUAAACACCUGUUUAAAGGGACAGUCAACACCAGAAUUAUUGUUGUUUAAAAAUAUAGAUAAUCCCUUUAUUACCCAUUCCCCAGUUUUGCAUAACCAACAGUUAUAUUAAUAUACUUUUUACUUCUGUGACUAACUGGUAUCUAAGCAUCUUCUGACCGCCCCUAAUCACAUGACUUUUAGUUAUCUAUUGACUUGCAUUUUAGCCAAUUAGUGCAGUGUCUGCCACUAGCCAUGGGCGUGAUUACAAUGUUAUCUAUAUGGCCUACAUGAGCUAGCUCUCCCCUGCUGUUAAAAGCUAAUAAAAAAGAGGCGGCCUUCAAGGGCUUAAACAUUAUCAUAUGAGCCUUCCUAGGUUUACUUUCAACUAGAAUACCAAGAGAACAAAGCAACAUGGUUGAUAAAAGUAAAUUGGAAAGUUGUUUAAAAUUACAUGCCCUAUUUGAAAAAUUAAAGUUUUUUUUGGACUUGACUGUCCCUUUAAGUUUUCUGUAAAAGAAUGUGUUUGUUCCACACUCACUGGAAAGGUUCUGCAAAUGAUGCAUCUUGCCUAAAUCAGCUAUUAGAUUUGGGGCAUUUGUAGGUACAUCAUUUGCUUUUUAGCUUCUUUAUAGGGAGAGUGAGAUGCAAUUUUUGUCCUUUUAGAACAAACCCAACCUACAAAACCAGAAAUACAACAAACAAAUAUCUAAAAUAUCUAUAAAUGGACAGUUAGGUUCUUCAUUUUGAAGUGAAUUGCAAUUGAUAAAUAAGAGGGACAUUAAGAAUCUUCUUAUAAAAUGUUUAAAGAAAGUAAAACAUUGCAAUAUACAUUAUUUAUUUUGCCUGUUUUGUUGUAAAAUACCUCUGAAAGAUUGUUCUUGUUUUAUUCCCUCCAGAGACUGACGUGUCUCCAUCAUACAUAAAGUGACACCGUACUCUAAAAAUGUGUUUCCUCUUAAUGUGUUCUAUGUCUAAGACAUGAUGUAGAUUUAUUUUUGUAUUUGAAAUAGCCAAUUUUGGUUUUUGAAGCCACAGACAAUUUUAAGAGCAUGCUCAUUUAAAUGGGCUUAGCCUUCCAGGAACAUCAAACCUCAUCAACUCUGUCUCUCUCUCUGUAAUCACAAUUAUACUUAAAGGGACAGUAAACAUGUUGUAAUUACAAGACAUUUCUGUUGUGUUGCUAUAGAAUAACAUAUCAGCCAAGUCAAUAGCCAAACCCCACCCACCCCAUUUGUCUUAUUUGGAGGAGAAUAUCUGGGCUUUAGUCCACAUACAAGACGACUAGACACUGUUGUACAGUUGGUAUAGAAUAGAUUGUUUUGCAGUUAUCUGUGAAAACUAACUAGGGAGAGAUAUCUAGCAGGAUUAGUCUUGAGAAGUCAGCAGGGAGCAUUUUAAUUUCCAAGAAUUAGAAAUUGCUCAGAAGAUAUAUAUAUAUGCAUAAUUAUUUUAUAUUCAAAUCUCAAGGUGUUUACUGUCCCUUUAACCAUUGAAAUUUAACAAAUUCUUCAGUGCUGUCCAUGGGUACAAAGAUAAAAGUAGAACGGUGGUACAGUACAAUGUAAAAACACCAGAAAAAAUUUAAACAAAUACAGGGGGAAUUGGGGGCCCUGUUCCCGUGGGAACUUACAAUUUAGAUGGGUAGGAGGGUGAGAAACAGGAGGUGUGGGGGCUGCAAAGGGGAGAAUGUUAGUGCAGAGUUAGAUGAGGGCAGCUAUUAGGUAAGUGGAAUUCCAUUUGUUACUGAUUUGGGUGAUAAGCUUCCCUAAACAAAAAGGUCUAUAGAUAGUGUGAUGAGAGUGGGAAGUGACGUCACCGGAUGGGGGCGUGGUUUAGGGCCGUUAUUGUUUAUGUUGCAGUUACCAAGUUAGAUGUGUUGUGCAAGCUGUAUACUUCUAUGCUCUGCAAUAAAAUAGCGUUGUACUUUC